AUGUCCAACUUGGUACCAAUUCAUAAAUCUCUUGAAAGUUCUCUUGUCGAUGUACCACUUCUCAGUAAAGAAGUGGACGAAUCAGAUGAUUUGGUGGUUUACGAGGAAUCAGUGACAUCUUUCAAACCGAUCAUUCUUCUUGUCGUUUGCUUUGUAUUGGCUACCUGGCUCUACGUCAACUUUGCAUUCACUAAGUCUGAAUCACUGAUAAGAGUACUCUUUGAUUUUAACCAACGAGUGCAUUUGCCCUCCUAUUUCAAAAGUUUAACCCUUAAAAUUCGUUUCAUUCAGAUGGUCCAAAACAUGCAUUUAUUGGUCCUAUCCAUUCUCGUAGCUGGUAUCACUUGUCGUGGCUGUUUUGAUGCAGAUGACAAGGAAAUCAGUGGACAAUGUUACAAGUUUGUGAAUCAAAAGUUGAUAUUCGAGGAUGCUAGAGAUUGGUGUCAUUACAAGAACCCUAUUACUCCAUCUUAUUUGGCUUAUAUGCAUAGCCAAUUUGUCGCUAAUUUUGUAGCUACUUACGCACGAACUGCGUUUGGGAGCAAUGAUGCAGUAUUCUGGAUUGGUUUGAGUAGAGAAAGAAAUUGGAUGCCAUGGACAUGGGAUAACGGAUACCAAUUGGGACAGAGUUGGAGUAAUUUCGAUGACCAAAUCAAGCAGAACUAUGUGGUUGAAAAAGUGUCAAAUGCAAAAUGGACUACUGUUCCUGAUAACUCUACAAACUACUUUGUGUGCAGUUAUGAUCCAACUGAUCCUCCAGUUUUCGCUCCACCAACAUCAUCUAAAUCGACUACCACAACUACUACAACUACGACUACACGAGGACCAACGACUACAGAACUAAAGCAUAGAAUAAAGCAUACGCCAUUUUUACUACGACCUUCCGACUUUCGACAUCCGAGUUUAAAUUUUUCCAUCCCUGUUAUCUCUGACCAACACCUGAAGGAACAAUAUUCCAACCUAAGCCUCCGGAUAAUGCUCCGAAAGAUGAUAUUUCUAUGCGUUACAUUGGUAUUUGGUGUUUCUGGAACAUGCUUGGACCCAAAUGAAAAGGAACUCCAGGGAAUAUGCUUUCAUUAUGUUAAGCUGAACAUGACGUACGACGAUGCAAGAGACUGGUGCCAUUACAAGAAUCCAGUAACACCAUCUUAUUUGGCGAUUGUGAAAAAUCAGUUUACAGCUAAUUUUUUGGCUUCUUAUGCCCGAAACGCAUUUGAAACCGGUGAUGGAGCAUUUUGGAUUGGAUUGAGUAGACUUCAUAACUGGAAUCAAUGGACUUGGGAUAACGGAGUCUUGUUGGAUGGAUGGAGCAAUUUCGAUAGCCAACAAGGCAAGACUCAGGCUGGUGAGAAGAUUUCAAAUGGACAAUGGACCACAUUUGAUGGUACGGAGAAGAUGUAUUUUGCAUGUAGCUAUGAUCCUAAAAUUCCUCCAACUUUUGCCCCAAUCACAACAACUAAACCUCCAACAACAACUACUACGACUACGGGAAAACCAACGACUACAGGUAAAUUUCAGAUUCUCUUGAUCAUCAAAUUGGACAAAGUAUAG